UCGCGUCAGCAUUGGCAGCGAUAGCACAUGACGGGUGACAUGCAAACAAUCACGAAGCAACAGCGGUUUCAUUGGAUCCGUCAACAUUUAUCACCGUGACCGCUAUUCGAAAUGUUGAAGUGUUCCACGUCUACGCUUUUUUGUUUUUAUAUUAGGCACAGACAGACCACUAAGCAAAGCAAUGGAAAAAUCACAUGUUAGAGACAAAAGACCUGCGAGCAAAAGUCAAUACAUAUAUUGAAUGCCUUUUCACGUUUGGCAACAACCCUACCACCGCUUCGGCCACCCAAUCCUGCAUCGCUACGGAGUCACCUCAAUGUGGCACCACUUCAAAGCAAAGAUUUUAACCUGCUGUAACCGGAAAUGCAAUGGCUCGUCACAAGCAAACCAUAUUGCAAUGCAAUCAUGAUCAGGAAGCUUACGCGUCGACUGAAGUCCGACCGCAUAAAUGUUUCCAAUCUAAUUACAACGAUUGUUCCGACAGUAGUUCGCGUCAGAUAACGGUAGCUGCAAAGGUGCGUCGAAUACAAGGGCACCCGCUGCCCACGCGUCAAAUGUCAAUCGGUUUUCAUCUGCCUCUAUCCGCGUUGCAAACGUCGCUGCAAAGCAUACUCACGAUCCCGCUUGCGCAACUACUUUGGCUGCUUUGCUGCGUUAGUUUAGCCCAUCCUACGGUAGGCGACUGUCCUAGCAUGUGCGAGUGCAAGUGGAAGAGCGGCAAAGAAUCAGUUUUGUGCCUUAAUGCGAAUCUCACACAUAUUCCGGUGCCACUGGACGCUGGAACGCAGGUUCUAGACUUAACUGUCAACGAUAUCGCCAACAUACCACACGACACCUUCGCAUCAGUGAACUUACUUAAUCUCCAGAAAGUAUAUCUGGCUAAAUGUCGGUUACGUGCUAUUGAGCGUUUUGCCUUUCGAAAUCUAAUUAAUCUGAUCGAACUGGAUCUGAGCUAUAAUUUGCUUAGCAGCGUUCCCACUGAGGCACUUCAAUUUAUACCAGAGCUACGCGAAAUCAAACUCAAUGGUAAUCCCAUUUCGAUAGUGCAUGACGACGCCUUCGGAUUUGUGUCUCAGCUAGUGCGACUAGAUUUGUCCGACUGCAAAUUGGCGACGAUUGAGGUGAUGGCCUUCGCGGGACUUGAGUCCUCCUUGGAGUGGCUCAAGUUAGACGGGAACAAAUUGAGUGAGGUGUGCUCAGAUACAAUAACAUCGCUCAAAAAUUUGCACGGCAUCGAACUGGCACGAAAUCAAUGGAAUUGUUCCUGCGCACUGCUACCACUACGCUCUUGGAUGCUACGUGAGAACAUUCCAUAUGACAUACCACCCUCAUGUCUAGCACCAUCGCGAGUCGCGGGAAAAACUUGGGAUAAAAUUGAUCUGGAUGACUUUGCCUGCGUGCCACAAAUAAUCGCUACCAACACAACGGCGCACGGAGUAGAAGGGCGCAAUAUUACUAUGAGUUGCUUUGUAGAGGGGGUUCCAGAGCCAUCGGUCCGGUGGAUGGUGAAAAAUCGUGUAGUAGCGAACUUAACGGAAUAUGGUGUUCCAUCUGCGGGUCCUCUUACUAUGGCAGCAACACAAGGUCGCAAGAUAUACAUAGUAAACAUGUUGCGAAAUGCUUCAAAUCUAACCAUACUCUCGGCUGACAUGCAGGAUGCGGGUAUUUAUACUUGCGCGGCAGAGAACAAAGCCGGUAAAGUGGAAGCAUCUGUCACAUUGGCUGUUAUACGGCGCCCGACUGAAGCGCCAUCGGGUGGACAAAUUGUGCUGAUUUGCUUCCUCAUUGCUCUUCUUUUCGUGGUGGGUUCUUCAUUCGCCGCAAUUUGUUUUUGUUCGCCCCGACGUAAGCGUAAAAUGCGACUGUGGAGUUCAAUGCCAUCGGCGCGCACAGAAAAUAUUGAAAUGACUUCACGUAUCUGCGGUAACAGUGGAAAUGGACCGAAUGGUGGAAAUUGUAACCGCGUAAUGCAUACUCGGAAACCUGACUUGGAUAGCGGUUCAAUUGGAGGAGGUGCGAAUGGGGUGGAUGACUUUUGCGGUAUUAGCGGUGGUGGUGGCGAUGGUCCAUUUUCCAACAAUGACAAUGAUUACCUGCAUCCGGCGACUACCCCUUUCAGUUGUGGCUCAGAUGAUGGCGGUGAUACCAGUGUGUCGAUUGUGAACCCAAUUGGUGGCAGUUCCAAGUGCAAUGGGGGUUAUCGCAAUAUAUCCACGCAUUGCGAUGAUGCCGAAGACUACUGGGAUGCCAACUACCAGACCACAAAAGCGAAUUAUGCGAGAAGAAAAAUCGAAAAUCAAUACCAUAUUAACGGUAGUGGCUCAGAGUUGUCGGCGGGGGUGCGUGCUAGCCCUCAAGACAGCCGACAGAAAGUGAGUGUUGGGAGCGUCAGAGGAGAUAGUAAUUUGGGGCCGCAGCAAUCCGAUUUGCACCUACCAAGACUCGUUGAAAUUUGCGGCUCCGACUCCGCCCCCAGUUCAAUUUCAUGUCAAGUGGACGCAGUUGUGCCUGUGAGCAGUUAUAACCAAACACCCACCUGGACCACCACACCUAUUGCGACAGCUAAAAUAACUUCGCCUGCCAGCAAGCGAAAGGCAAACGUUGGCGCCAACAGUAGCGCUUAUUAUGGCAACGAUGGCAUCAGCACUUCGGUAUUCUGUAGUGGCGGUAGUGUAGAAAAUGAUCUAUUCGAUAGCAAUUACCCAGAUCUGUUAGAUAUUCCUAACUUCAAGAACCAUGUGCACUACUCUGUACCUCCAGGUGCGGGGAGUUCGUCAAAUAGAGCCAUUUGCACAUUGCCUCGGAAACUUAAAACCAGCGGUAAAUACUUUAAAAGCUCCUCGGAUAGUCAAUCCCUGUUGCUGGCGGAAAAUUCCAGCAAAUAUGGUAGCAGCACAUUGGGAGAUGACAGUUUCCUAAACGAGCUAACUUUGGGCAGAAGAUUCUCAGCUGAGUCUACUUAUUCGAAUUACGUGGGCACAUCUACAUAUACCAGUCGGCAGCGAUCGAACAGUUUCCUUAAUUUGAUGCAAAGCACUAAUAAAGGAUGCUCGGCGUUGACCGUUGGUGCGAUUAGCGGGACAUCAAUAGUGCAUAGCGGCGUUCGGCGCAAUCCCAGUUUGCCUUCAUCGCCGAUACACAACGCGCAUCAACAUCAGCGUUCAUUCAGCUCAGCAGCUAUGCCAUUGCUGGAUUUCUCCUCGUUUACCUCGUGCACAGGUGUCUCUACAAUGCCAGCCGCGGGCGCAACACAUACCUCAACAGUUACAGCCUAUGACUACCAUGCCACGCAACUGGAACGUUUCCUUGAGGAGUACCGCAAUUUACAGGAUCAGUUGUGUAAAAUGAAGGAGACCUGUGAGGCGAUACAUAAGAAAGAUGCGCCAAUGCGCAUUUCUGUCGGUCAUUCGGCAAAGCUGGCCGAUCCUGUGAUGUUCAAUGCGGCACUUGCGGCAAACAAUCUACCUAACACGGACCCAAAAGCAACGACGUUGAAGAGUAAAGCGCUGCUGCCGGGACAACCACCAGAUCCACCACCUUACUGGCUGCACCGAAAUGCAAUGCUGAAACGACUGAAUGAGUCGGAAUCGGAAAUAUUAAAAAACUAAUGAAGGAAGCAGCCGGGUUGGUGAGAGGAGAAGCUGGAGGAUAGAUGUUCAAUCACGAAAAUAAAAGUUAUAAUUCCAUGUUUUUUGGUAUGCAUGUUACGAAAAUGAUGUCAGUGUUGCCGUAAAGUUGUGCCGUAAAAAAAUAUUAAAAAACAAGUAAGGAAGUCUUAUUUAAGUUGAAGGCGAACUUAAUAUAGCAGACGCACGAACUAAGUAGUGCUUUUUA